GAUAUGGUGCCCAAGACAAUUGCUGGCAAGAUAUUUGGUUCCAUUUGUUCACUGAGCGGUGUGCUUGUCAUUGCCCUUCCUGUCCCAGUUAUUGUUUCCAAUUUCAGCCGAAUUUAUCAUCAGAAUCAAAGAGCUGACAAGCGACGAGCACAAAAGAAAGCCCGGUUAGCCAGGAUUCGCGUAGCCAAAACAGGAAGUUCCAAUGUCUUCCUUCACAGUAAACGCAAUGGCCUCCUAAAUGAAGCACUGGAAUUGACGGGGUCUAUGGAAGAUGAGCACAAUAUCAGCAAAGCCACAUCCAUCAUUGAAAGUCAGCAUCACCACCUGCUGCAUUGCCUGGAAAAAACAACUGGAUUGUCCUAUCUUGUGGAUGAUCCCCUGUUAUCUGUACGAACUUCCACCUUCAAGAACCAUGAGUUCAUUGAUGAGCAGAUGUUUGAGCAAAACUGCUUGGAGAGUUCAUUGCAGAAUUACCCAUCAACCCGAAGCCCUUCCCUUUCAAGUCACCAGGGCUUGACUACCUCCUGCUGUUCUCGACGUAGUAAGAAGACAACGCACCUCCCCAAUUCCAGUGUGCCAGCAACCCGAUUACGGAGCAUGCAGGAGCUCAGCACUAUACAUAUCCAGUGCAGUGAACAACCCUCACUCACAACAAGUCGCUCCAGCCUAAAUAUGAAAUCAGAUGAUGGUCUGAGACCAAACUGCAAAGCUGCUCAAAUAACCACAGCAAUCAUCAGCAUCCCAACACCACCGGCACUGACACCCGAAGGUGAAAACAGGCCUUCCUCCUCAAGCCCCAGCCAUUCAAUGAACACAAUCAUGGCUAGCAGCAACAUUGUCAAGGUUUCAGCUUUGUAA